UGUGUGUUAACUCGAUCCGACUUGGCGGGCGGGUUGUAUGAAGGAUCAGGGAGGGAGGGACGACGCUCGUAGAAAAUCUGACACGCUAGCUUCAGACGAGUAGCUGCCAGGCAAUUACAGCAGCGACGUAUCGAGGGAGGGAGGCCACCGAAACUAAUCAGAAGGGCCGUCGAGCACCUGAACCAUCAAUCGGGUUUAUGAGUAAAGGCGAUCAAUCAGCCUGUGGUUAACCUUCGGAAGAAACGCGGAAGUGUAAUACAACGUCAACGUUUUUUUUUUUGUUUUUUUUUACUUAUUAUCCGUGACAACAUGGCUGAAUGUAACAUUAGCAUCGACAAGAAUAAACUACCUGGAGUGAAAGAGGUGUGCCGAGACUUUGCUGUGCUAGAGGACCACUGCCUGGCCUACAACCUCCAGGAACAAGAAAUUGAGAGCCACUUGGCAUCCAACGUCAAUAAGAGCCGUCUGGUGCAGAAGGACCUGCAGGUGGCCAAGAAGCUGCAGGAGGAGGAGGAUCAGAGGGCCAAGGUCCAGAGCCAGAAACAGCAUGUUGCCAUUGAGCGGCAAGAUAUUGAGAUCGCCCAGGAGAUUCAGGAACAACUGGUCCGACAGGCAGAACAACAACGACAGCAAGAAGAGAAGGAUGCAGCCAUAGCUCGUAAGCUGCAGGAGAAGGAGAUGAAAGAGCAAAGGAGGAGACAGAAGCAGCUGGAAGCAAACUUUGAGGAGGAGUACUUUGAGGAUCAUGGAGCUGCAAGAAAACCCCUUGACUUAGACAAACACACACGUCACAAAUCAACUUCUCCAGGCCGAUAUGAUGCUCCAGUGAGCUCACCUCGUGAUCACUCCCCAGAUUAUAGCUCAACAGAGCCCAAAAGGAGCAGGUACCCAAAACAGGACCCUGCAGCACCCCAUAGCUGCUCCAGAUACCCUGAGCACUACCUAGAAGGAGGGCGAAGCAGGCAUGCUGAUCUGUACCCAGAACACCUGCUGCCCUCCAGAGGCAAGCAUGGGGACAGGUACCCAGAUUAUGAGCCCACAGAGACUGGCAGAGCCAGGGGCCCAGGGGCAGGGGACACAGAGACAGUAGUGAGGAAGAAGGAGAGACCAGCCAGACCACCUCCCCCACAGAGCCUCAUAGAUAGAGACAAGGUCUGGGACAAAGAAAGGGACAGGCAACGUGACCGAGACGGGAGCAGAGACCUGGAAAGAGACCAGAGGAGAGAGCAGGACCUCAGGUUGGCGAGAGCAGGUGGAAGAGAUGGGGAAAGAUCCAGAGAUAGAGGACAGAGUGGGGACAGUCACAGAGAGAGAGACAGGCAGAGACCGAAAGACAGACAGCGAGCGAGAACCAGGAGCAAGGAGAGAGGACUUGAAGAGGAGCCGGGGCACAGCAGGGACUGGCCAAGGGAAGGCAGGGCUUCUUGGGAGGAGGAAGGGGAUGAUGGUGAGAGGGAGAGGAAGGCCAGGGGCCGGCAGCAUGUCCACUCCGGCCGUGAAGAGGUGUUUGAUGAGCUCAGGAGCGACGAAGGGAGAGGGGACUCCAGGGAGUUUAUGGACCCCCGACAGGGGGAGAUUCCCGGCAGGGAACGCAGUCAUACUCGCCCCAACGGAGAGACAGGUCGUAUUGUGCACCGAGGGAGUGGAGCUGUAGUAGCAGAAACUAGUUUAGAGUUCGGACUGAGCGAGGCCACCAAAGGAUUGACGAAGCUUGAUCUCCGUGAGCAGGAGCUGAAGGACAUGGAGGUGGCCAGGAAACUACAAGAGGAGGAAAUCAAAGUGAGGAAGGACACCAGAGAAGCAAGCAAGAUGCAUGUGCGUGCAGCCCAAGUGGCGCAAGAUGAGGAAAUCGCCCGACUGAUGAUGGAACAAGAGAAAAAGGAGUACAGGAAGAAUCGAGAACGGGAGAAUGAGAGAGAGCGGGAGAAAGAGAAGGAACGAGAGAGGGAGAGGUUGGCCAUGGAAAGGAGGCGGCAAGAGGGAGACCACAGGGCCAAUUCGGAGGAAGCUGUCAGGCCCAGAACACGAGAUGAGUAUGAAUACCAGAGGCAGAGGAACCAGAACAAGCCUGCCAGGCCUCCUCAGCCUCGUGUACACGACUAUGAGAAUGUGAACUCUGGGUACGGCUACUUGGACCACCCCGUUCCCCCUCGCGCUCCCACCAGACCUGAGGCUGCUUUCAAAGGUGCCUAUUACAAGCGGUGACUCAGGCUCUCUACCAUGUCCAGACAUGCUGUCAGUCCUCCUUCGUCCUCUUGUUUUAUUUAUCUUUUUGUUUUCAACCAUUCGCACUCUGUUGACCAAAAGCCUUGGGACGAUCUAAUGAGUUGGCAAUGGUAUGUUUUUUUUUUUUUGUUUGUUUUUUUUUAAAUACCCUCCAAAGUUGGCCCAGAGUUGAAGAAGUGGGUCUGAGUGCUGGAAUCACACUCAUCUUUUUCUUUUUUUUUUUAUUUGUACAUUGUGAUGAAUAUUAUUAUUUCUUUUAACUGACUCAACAUCAAGACAAGCCAAAAUAUCAGCCUUGACAUAAACCCCCCUGAUUCUUAGCUGUUGAAAUAGAAGAACCGGCUCGUCACCUGCUGUGGUCAUCCUGUGCUGAUGUUCGUCCCAUCUGUGGACCAUGCCAUCACAAGGGCUCAAGGCCUCUGCUGGAUAUAACCAUGCAAAUUUCCUCAUGACUCUUCAUGGGAUGUGCCUGUCUGGUCCAACAUGGCUGCUACAGUGUCUUAGAUACCAACAUGGCAGCUGCUUUGUACACCCAUGCUGCAGUUCUGUUCUCUUUCCAUGCUGUGCAACGAGGUUACACAGGCCCUAUCCAUGAGUCACACAGAGUAUGACUCUGAAGGGACACGUCUCUGUUGCUGUAUAAGCCUUUAUCAAGAUGCUGAUAGUUUUGGCUUUGACAAGUUCAUCUUUUUCCAGUGCAGAGUUGGAGCUUUGUGAUGAUCCAUGGACAUUUAAUUGGCUGUAGGCUGUCUUCUGCUUGUGAGGGGCACUUGUUAACCUUGUCACCCUUAAACUGAAAGUGGAUGGAUGAUAUUCUGUGUAAGACUCACUGUUUCUAUGUGCAUGCUUACUGAAAGUGUACAACCGUGUACAUGCAUUUCAGGUCUAUAUCAAAUUAUCAGGCUCCUUCUUUAUUGUCAGAAAGGGCUAAAGCCACAAAAAGCCAAUAAUCUCCUCUUUGUGAAUGAACAAAAUACAUGUUAGCUCAUAUACUGCUGUACAAUAUAUCACUUUUCUGCCACUAUAUCAUAUCGGCUGGUCGUUUACAAACCAAAACUGGCCCAUAAAAGAACCAGCACCUAAAUGAAAUGCAUGUACAUUGCUUGCCUGAAGUCAUGCUUGUGCUUAUGGCACAGACAUUGUGCGAUUUAGAAUAUUUGUUCUUGUUUUAUUUAAAUGUAAGUAUCCCAAUUUUUUUAAUUUGUGCUACCAAAUUACAUUCGCCAUCGUGGAAAAUACAAGAUUCUCUCUUCAGUCCCUUUAUUUUGUAACCCACUAGUUAUAGAAAGGGAGCCUUAUAUCUUAUUUUUAUACAAUAUUUUGUUGGUCUUUCCUCAGAUUGUUCCUUUAAUUUUCUUUCUAAGCUUUCCUGCCGUCACUUCCAUUCCUCUUCUCUUUGUCUCAAACUCAAAGGCAGACAUGACUUCCUGCCUGCAGAAAAAGCAAACAAUUCCACAAUAGUUACAUCUGGAUGGAGGGAAAUCAGUCGCAGGAAGAAACUGACAUAAAAUAUAUAUAUCACUGUAAAAAGGGACCUAUUUUAGUGUUUUUACUGCUACAGGAUCCAUUAUUUUCUGUUCAUAUUGAAUAAGGAUGACAAGGAAAGUGAAGAGCACAUUGAAUCUUUUUAGUUUACUGAAAUGUUUGUGAUGGCCACAAAGUAUUUCAGUCUUUGAACAUUUAGUGCUGCUUCCAUCUUCUCACGUUGUAAUAAAUGUUGCUGAAAUUAUAAAUCGGCUUCCAAAAUGAUUCCCUCCCUGUUCAGAGGAAGUGUGAGGUGUUUGUAUUGCUGAGCACACACAUGCAGGUGUUAUAGAAUUAUAAUAUGUGCUAAUUGCUGUUGACAGAAUGAGAUUUGUGCCAUGUUUGUCAUUUUUUCAGGGACUUUAAAAUGGGGGGGAAAGGUAAAAGUUGUAAUUGUUGCAGAGGUACCACACCCACCAAGGUGGGACUCGUAAUUUAUUAUUUGGUGAGAGCACCACCUUGUGGACAUGUUGACAACUGACAAAGAAAUGUACAAAAUUAAUGUGAUCAGGAUGCGUCUUUGUGUAUUUGUGGAUGUUGUGCAUCAGACAUUACUUUGGAAUCAAGUGCUGUCUACAUCAAACAUCAAGUGUUAACGAUUUUCUUUAAUCCAGGGCUUGUAUGCAAUCUUACCAAUCAUGAAUCAACAUGUGUUGGCACUUGAUGUAACAGAACUUUUUUAAGUAAAAUUAACAAGUUGCUUUUACCUAUAGCAUCUCAAAAUAUAAUAAACUGUAUCAGCAUUUCCAGUG